AAGACAGCUGGUGGGGGGUAGCUAGGUGCUGCCGGUGUCUUGGUCGGGCAUCCUUUUGACACUGUAAAGGUGGGUUUAUGUUUUAUCUGGUUGGCAAUUGCCUGGCAUGUGUUAUCUUUUUCUUAGAAAUCACACUGAAAUGUAAUUCCUAUUUAGCUACUGUGGUGUUUAUCCAGGCUCCUCGAAAGGGCAUGUUUGAAUAUAGAAGAGAUGACCCAAAGUGUUUGAUAAAGUAUGAAAUAUUCAUGCUCUCUCCCAAUCAAAACGUUUCAGGAACCGCAUUUCUCGGCUAUUACUUGCAUAUAGCAAACUGCACUUUUUUCCAGACCCCACACACACGUGGGUUUUUGGCUGGUUUUCUGACCUAGAGUCAUAUCUACACACUGCUGUUUAAAAAGUAGAGCACAUAACAUUCUUAACCCGGUGUCUUACUGCAACCCAAUCUGUUCUUGGAACGGAACAGACAUCUCCUCCUAGUUAGCUCAUGGACCAGAGCUAAAGAGCUGUUGUCUAUGCAUGGCAUGUUGGCAGUGCAUGUUGAGGCUUGCUGAGCAACCGUAUCAGACCCACAAUGUGCACACAACAAACAAUUAACUGAUCCAGAAGCAUGCCAGGUUUCUGUCUGUUAUAGAUGACAUUUCAAGCUAUUCCCUUUUUUUUUGUAUGAGUGAGUGAUAGCCUCAAGCUCAGCUGACCCCUACACUCAUCAUAUGCAUAACCCAAAUAUAGUUUUCACUAACGCCUAAGCCACAUGAUAUGUUGGGGCUGUGACGGCAUAGGUCAUUGGAAAGCUCUGUAAAUAAACAGUGGAGUUAUACACUUCAUUGGGUCAUGGACUCUACAAGGUGUCAAGUUCUACAGGGAUUCUGACCCAUGUUGAGUCCAAUGCUUCCCACAGUUGUCAGGAUGUCCUUUUGGGUGGUGGACCAUUCUUAAUACACACAGGAAACUUUGGAUUACGUUAUGUAACCCCGGUUCUUUGAAGGAGACGAGGGAGACCUCUCACUAUGGGACACGCCUUCUUUGCGGGUCAUUGGUUGAAGCCUUAUUCCAUCAGAGCUUUGUGGGUGUAUGCCCCAUGUGUCUAUAUAACACUCUGCACUGCUCUUGUUUCCUCAUUCUAAGAACUACGUCUUACACAAGUCAACUCGGUUCGACAUCUCACUAUGGAACACUUGCAAAAUGCCCCGAUUGCCAAUAGCCCAUUUCCCGUUUUCUGAGAAUCCUGUUGUGGUACAUGGUAAUGUGCCUGAUCCAUCCUACUUUGCUCCACUGCCAAGGACUGCGCAGGGAGGGCGCAGUUAACGUCCAGGCGAUAGAACCUCACCAAGGGGAAGCCCAACUAGCCACCGCACAAAGAUGGAGAUGCCUCUGAACAGUGCCCAUUAUGUGACAAUUCCUCUAGUGGAAUGUUCUGACACCCAAGGGAGACUGCAAUCCCCAACAACUGUACGCCUUGGCGAUAGCCUCCAAUGGGAGAGGCGUUGUUUGGAGGGGGGGGGGCUGGCUGGCUCCUGUGCUACACCUAUGCCGUGUGUAAACAAGCUUUUGUGACUUGCAGCAGGACUCCAGAGGAGACUAUGGUCGUCGGAGGAGUUCUGCCAGCUCAUCGAGCCCCCGCGCCUUGCGCUAGGUGUGCCGAUUCUUCCCCUUCCCUCCGGAUGGCGCCAUGGGGGUCUCCACUGCUAAUUGCUUGGAGUGAUGCCCUGAGGCACCGCGUUGCUGGUGAGCUGACUGUCAGUCCCAGGGUCAGAGCUGCCAGAGGAGGCUGAAACUUCUUGGGGAUCCUCCAGUUCUGGGAGGGAGGACUCCUAGUGAAGACCUGGGUGAAUGUGGGCUUCUGGGGAUUCAGGGCUUGUUUCUGUGGUAACAGGGAGCCCAGCACUUCAGUCUCCUUUUCUUAGAAUUUAACCUGGCCUGUAUCUCCGAUUAUGGCUGGUCCAAACAGCCUGGUGGGAUCGAUCUGUUCGUUCAGGUAGGGCAGCGCAUCUGAUUGCCUCGAAGAAAGGAGGUCAGUUAUUGACUCCUGCCCUACCUCUUCAGUCUGUCUGGGUAGCACAAACUGAGCAGAGGAGAAAUUCUUCAGUGGUGUAAUCCAUCAGCUGGUCAAAGGGUGCUGCCUAAUGUGGCAAGAGGCAUGCCGUCGUCCUCACAUCCAGAUUUGUCGGCAUUAAGGUCCUCCCCCUGGUAAAAGUGGGGAUUCUCUGAAUCAGCCUGAAGCGCAGACUGAGGGGAUGCCUUUAGUAGCUUCUCCCUCCUCUGGGACUUUGUUGUCAACGGAGUUGUCCUCACGCAGGUAUGAGGCCUGGGCAAUACUUUCCAUGUACUUCACUCUACGUCUAAGGACACUGGAGUCCAGCUGAGCGAAAUGCACACAACUAGCGGGGUCGAUGGGAGCCUCCAUAGCGUAUUCAACGCCGAGGCAGGUAGUACAGAGCGUAUGGGAAUAUGUCCCGGACAUGUAAUGCCUGCAGUUGCCAGGGUGAGCGUUGCUAGGCUUUUGCUGCUUUUUCUCUCCCUUCCCUGACGACUUUGCCGGUAAGCCUGUUGACAUUGCGUUUCGACAGGACGGACAAAAGCAAAUGGAAUUACUGGGGGGCUAGCUAGCCACUCCACACGCUGCUACUACAAUGGGAAGUUGGGAGAGACACUGGGUAAUGUGAGCUUGAGCCAGGUAAACAGAAACAGACAGCUUUAUUUACCAGGGUGGUGAGAAAUAAAUGCCAUCUUUAUACUUUCAAUGUAGUGAAUUAGCUGGCUUUCUUUACCUGAGUGUUGAUAGCCAGCUAGCCGAGCCGUCGCGUGGGAUACAAAGUGCCGACUCGGUCUGUAAACCAAGUAACUUGAGGUAAAACGAACGGCUGGUUUAUCUUUCACAGGGGAAUGAAAAAAAGGAUGGUGCAUCAAUGUUGGGGUAACACACUGAAGAAACACAAACGCUCAUACUAGCCAAACAAACCGAAUGGGGCUUUAGCCCAGAGAUUGCUAGCUAAAACAUCAGUGGUGCCGUUAGCCCACUAACUAGCCAAGAUACUCGAAAGUUCAGCUAGCUAACUCCGAAAGUGGGAACAGACAGAGCUAGAGACCCCGGGUAGAAGUAGCUAAAAUUUGUGGGAACCUGCUAUUAGCAGGAUGCUAAAGCAGUGCAGCUAGCUAACGACGCCAAUUGUGUGUAUGCCAGGUAACAGGUGUACAGUAUCUAGCCGACAACAAAAAGUGCUGCUAACUGAGGUAACUUCACUCGGUAAAGUGAAGCUGAAGUUAGCAGCAUUCCUGAAAAAUAGAAAACAAGCCACUCAAUGCUAUGUGUUGGGGUAGUAACCCACACCGAAAUGAACUGUUAAGUUGAGAGCUAGUUUACUGAAUAAAGCUGCUUAACGGGCUAGUAACCAGAUGGACUAAGAAUGAGGAAACCAGUGCAGUGUGUUAAGACACUCGGGGCGUACACACACAGCUCUGAUUGGCCUGUUAGGAGUGAUUUGAAUAAGGCUUCAAAUAAUGACCCGCAAAAGGGGCCGUGUCCCAUAGUGAGAUGUCGACUGAAAGAACUGUUGAGCGUGAAAAACCCAGCAGUGUUGCAGUUCUUGACACAAACUGGUGUGCCUGGCACCUACUACCAUUCCCUGUUCAAAGGCACUUAAAUAUUUUGUCUUGCACAUUCACUCUCUGAAUGUGCACACAUACACAAUCCAUGUCUCAAUUAUCUCAAGGCUUAAAAAUGAUUCAUUAACCUGUCUCCUCCCCUUUUAACAAGGGAUCAUAGCAUUCACCUGGUCAGGUUGUUUUGUACACUCCGUGUAUCUGCAGGUGUUCUUCUGUGUUUGUUUUUCCGUUUCACAUUUUAGGGGUUUGCAUUUUUGAAUGCUAUGGAUCCCCCUGUAUACAAGAUUCUACUUCCAACCUGCCGGUAAAACAUAUAUUUUCUAAGGCAGUGUGCAAGAUGAGGGAUAUACAACCUCUGCACGGAUGUGACCUAGCUAGUACGACUCCAAGUUCAGAGUGUGGACAGACCUCUGUACCGCGGCACAUAUCACUGCUUCCAGUCUAUCGUACGGCAAGAGUCGAUGACGGGUCUGUACAAAGGCAUCGGCUCCCCCAUGAUGGGCCUGACCUUCAUCAAUGCCAUCGUGUUCGGUGUCCAGGGCGAUGCCAUGCGCAGGCUGGGCCACGACACGCCACUCAACCAGUUCCUGGCCGGGGCGUCGGCGGGCGCGUUGCAGAGCGUCAUUUGCUGCCCCAUGGAGCUGGCCAAGACACGCAUGCAGCUGCAGGGGUUGGGCGAGAGGAAGUCCAAGCAGAAGCUGUACAAGAACUCGCUGGACUGCCUGGUGCGCAUCUACCGGAAGGAGGGCUUCCGCGGUAUCAACCGGGGAAUGGUGACCACUCUAGUUCGCGAGACACCAGGUUUCGGGAUCUACUUCCUGACCUAUGAUGUACUGACGCGCUCUCUGGGCUGCGAACCCGAUGACCCCUACAUGAUCCUCAAGUUGCUGUUUGCCGGCGGAAUGUCGGGCAUCUCCUCGUGGAUCUCCACCUACCCUGUGGACGUCAUAAAGUCCCGGCUCCAGGCGGACGGCGUGGGCGGCCACAACAAGUACAAUGGCAUCGCGGACUGUGUGCGUCAGAGCCUGAAGCGAGAGGGCUGGCGGGUGUUCACGCACGGCCUCACCUCCACGCUGCUCCGGGCGUUCCCCGUCAAUGCCACCACCUUCGCCACCGUGACUCUGUUCCUCAUGUACAUGCGAGACGAUGCGGGCGACGUCAAAGACUGCGAGCCCCAGCCUGCCCACUCCUCGCUCACUGUGAGCCCACAGCAGGCCCAGCCCUCAAGCUUGUGAAUGGGAGAAGAUGGUGUUUCUGCUCUGGUGAACCUUAUUGGGUUGGAAAUGGUCCCACAAUGCACCAGCUAAUAAGCUGAUGUGACUUGACCACUCAACGUCAGCUUCACAAAGGCUAUUUUUACAAGAUGUAUGUAUGUUCAGAUGGUAAACCGCGCUUGUAAAUACUUGUCCCUUUUUUAUAUAAUUGUUUAGUCUUUUUGAGAACUAAUUGGUAAAUCGUGGGGAAAAAACCAUCAGUGAAAAAGCACAUUAAUGGCUGACCUAGUCAUCCCUUAUACAUGUAUAUGUGCACAGCUGAGUAUAUUUAUGUAUGUCUAAAGGGCUUGUGGUAAUGACUGGAGUGGAAUCUGUGUAGAAUAGUAUCAAACACAUGGUUUACAGACGUUUGAUACCGUUCCAUUUGUUCCGUUCCGGCCAUUUAUUACGAGCCGUUUCCCCCUCAGCAGCCUCCACUGGUCUGAAGGUAUGUACAUAUACUCUACUGUAUAGAUACAUGAAGCUUUCCUAUUUAAAUACUCAUCAGUAGAGUCCGAGCCAGGGAUUCCAAACUAAGGCUCCAUUCACACAGCUUGAGGGGGGGGGGGGGACUCAUCCAGAAAGGAAGCCAUUUCAUUGGUUCUAAUCAAUGAUUCUGCCGGCUAGGACCAAUGAAAUUACUUCCUUGCAUAGAUUUUUACGGCGAGCAGUGUGAAUGUACCCAUAGGUCAGAGUGAAGAUUCUCUCGAGUAACCUUUAUCUAUGCUGUUGGAAUGCCACUGGAUAUUCCAGAGUCGGGUGUGAGGUCUGCAUUAGCUGGUUCCUGAUUAAAUCACUCUUGGCCGAAUUUACACAGGCAGCCCAAUUCUGAUCUUUUGCCCAACUAUUGGUGAAAGAGCUGAUCUGUUUGUCAAAAUACCAAUUAUUGCCAAAUAGAUCAGAAUUGGGCUGCCUGGGUAAAAGCAGCCUUAGUUCUUCUUGAUAAUCCUAAACUUAAACACAAUCAUGGAUUUCAACUCCGUCUUGUCUCAGACCUUGUAAAGGUGGCACCUUAUUUCUAAUUUUACGGAAAGAUUCAUAAUUAACUGAAAUACUUGCUCAUGUGUGCUGAAAUGACUGCAUGAAAUUUCAUGAGCAAAAUGCAGAGGAACAUUAUUGUUUUGAUUAAGACAUGUCUUUUGUACAAUAGAAUUGUACUGUGUUUGAGGCAGCACAGUUCCUAGCAAUAUGCAUUUACAGCCUGAUUCUGUUACAUUUUGGGCAAAAGUGGUACAAUUUUACAAACAAACAUGAUAUUGACUAUACAUCUCAUGAUUUUUAUUUGAUCAAUUAUCCUACAAGUAUGCUAUAUAUGUGUAAAGGAAUCUCUUGAAUAUUGCGUCCUUUCACGUACAGACCUUGAAUUGAAUUGCAACCGUGUGGUUCACAAGAACAUGUUACAUAACUAGUUUCUAUAUGGUGGAUGACACUGCUUGUACAGAGAUGUUACUCAUGAUGUAUUUAUACUGUGAAUUUGGGUCCGAGCUUUCACUCCCUCGUCUUGUUAAGCACCUGUUUAGAACCUAGACAUUCAAGGGCAACUCAACUAAAUGGAAUGCUGCUUCCUUUCUGUUUUACUGUAAUGUAAAACGACCAAUCAGAGCUAGAUAUUUGCUCAGAAGAGCACAAGUGCUUGAAAAGGCCAGUUACUCUUAAUUUGUACGUAUCAUAUUUGUUCUGUAUCGGUCGUAAUGUCUUUCAACCAAAGCAAUAUGUGGGGAAAGAACAUGUCAGAAUAAAACUCUGAUAUGAAUCUUUGAUGGUUUUUUUUCAAGACAGUAACAGAGUACCAUUGUCUGUAUUUCUGCCUACGGCCAGGAUUCAAUACGAUCGCCAUUUUGAAAGUAAUUUCCGAUUUGAGCUGACAUGCAGCGACGGGUCUACUGAACAUUGCUUUUAAAAGGUGUGUUGUCGUCAACAAAGCGUGAUCGUAAUGAAUCUUGACCUUAGCCCAUGUAAGGCUAAGCCUGAUGCUGUGUUUCAUAACCUCUAAUAAAUGGCAGCAUACGACUGGGAAAAAUCCACUUGAACGGUCAUCCCAACUGGUAAUUAGUAGUGGAAAACUAGUCUAUUAUCCCGAGCCCCUACUUCUCCAACAUGCUGACCUCUGCUAAAGAAAUGCCCUUUAAAUGCAACAAAAUAUUAUUCAUGAACAAUCUUUAAAUAUAGUUUUGGAACACCAUUAUUUGUUUGAGCAUGAUAGCUGUACUUUUACACAAUUUGUUUUCCAUUAGCCAAUUGGCAUUCCCCAUGAGUUAACAUGUAAAGGCACAGAACUCGUUGCUUGUAGUUUACAGCCCAGUCAAAGCUCUUCUCUGUCCCAGGCACCCCAAUGCUGGAACCAGCUUCCCACAGAAGCUAGGAAAUCAGAGUCCCUGUCCAUAGUCUGGAAAACCCCACCUCUUCACCCCCCCCCAAAAAAAAAGAGGUGAGUCAUAGUAUAGGUGCACCUCAAACUGAAGGGGACAGGCACUGCUCUAGAACAGGCAGAAAUAGAUUUUAAAGGCAAAACAAAGGUCCAAGAAUGUGUUUACUUUUUUAUUCUAGGGCAAAACAAGGAAAUUAUUUAUCGGUAAUGCUGAUUUGGUUUUGAGAAAGGAGUCAUGUGGAUAGGGCUUUGAUACCAUCAACAAGUCGAAGUACAAUCUGUUUCUCAAACACAGCACUUAUAUUCAGACCAUAACAGAGUUCACUAUCAAUCCAUAGUGCAUGCUCAUUCCCAAAGUCAUCUUAUGUAAUGUGGUUGUGUACUUAUAUGCAAUUGUCAUAAAGACUGGAAUGCAACCAGUGUAAGUGCAGAUAACAGCAGUAGACCAAUGACGUGUCCUAGAGUCAGCCUCUUCUGAAUGUAAGGAAAGAGGGAUUUCUUGUGGUUCAGACAGACUACUAAUCUCGCUUGCCAGACUCAUGGAAUUCCACCCCCUGAGUGUGGGAGAGACGGCGGCUGUGGGAAGACAAUACAGACAUAAGGUUGAAAUUGCAUGUUAUCUGCUACAAUCAACUAUAAAUGUUGGACUAAGAAAACAUGAAUCUAACACUAAGAAACCUAGGUGUAUGAACUUCAUUUUGUGUACUUAUAUCUGUCAAUGUGUUUUGACUGAAUCAUUAUCAAACACUUUGUUUUGGAAUAAAGCAAUUUAGUUAUAGAGAAA